GGGAAAGUUUUCCUGGCUUUCCUGUUCAGAAGGCAUGCAUGGCCUUGGCCAUGGACUCUAUAAGUUCAUAUUCCCUCUCUCCUUCAGGUUUCCAUCUCUGUGGAAUGACCAGCCAGGCUCAGCCCUGAUGGUGGGGGUGGCCCUAUGCCUGAUGCAUGGCCUCUUACUGCAGGCUUCUGAACGCCCCUUUUCCUUGCUGUGGAAUGUACCCUCAGCACGCUGUAAAGCCCACUUUGGAGUGCACCUACCACUUAAUACCCUGGGCAUCAUAACCAGUCAUGGCCAGCAUAUCACCAUCUUCUACAAGAACCAGUUUGGCCUUAGCCUUUAUCCUUACUUGGGGCCUAAGGGCACAGCAUAUAAUGGAGGUAUCCCCCAGGCUGUGUUCCUAGAAUGCCACCUGGCACAGGUUGCCCACCAAAUCCACCACAGCCUGGGAUCCAGCUUUGCUGGCUUGGCAGUGCUAGACUGGGAAGAAUGGAGGUAUCCACUCUGGGCUGGGAACUGGGCCCCCCAUCGCAGAGUCUAUCAGGCAGCCUCCUGGGCUUGGGCACAGCAAAUGUUCCCUGACCUCAACCCUCAGGAGCAGCUCCACAAAGCAUGUACUGUCUUUGAGCAGGCUGCCCCGGCACUGCACUGAUGGAAGACACUGAAGCUGGGCCAGGCACUGCAGCCCUAUGGGCUCUGGGGCUCCUAUCACUACCCAGCAUGUGGCAAUAGCUGGCAUAAUAUGGCUUCUAACUACACAGGCCACUGCCAUGCAGUCAUCCUUACCCACAACACCCAACUGCAUUGGCUCUGGGCCACCUCCAAUGCUCUAUUCCCUAGCAUCUACCUCCCACCCAGACUGCCACCUGCCUACCACCAGGCCUUUGUCCUACACCGCUUGGAGGAGGCCUUCCAUGUAGCUCCUGCUGGGUAUGCACGUCUUCUACCUGUUCUGGCCUAUGCCCAACUCACACACCGGAGCUCUGGGAGAUUCUUGUCUCAGGAGUGCUGGCAUCUCCAUGACUACCUAGUGGGUACUUUAGGCCCCUAUGUAAUCAGUGUGACCAAGGCUGCCAUGGCCUGCAGUCACCAACAGUGCCAUGGCCAUGGGCACUGUGCCAGGAGAGACCCAGGACAAAUGGAAGCCUCUCACCUGCUGCCAGAUGGCAGCCUUGGAGCUUGGAAAUCCUUCAGCUGCCACUGUUAUAGGGGCUGAGCUGGCCCCACCUGCCAAGAACCCAGACCUGGCCCUAAGGAAGCAGCAUAAAGCUUGGAGUUCCUGUUCCUGCCCUUGCUUCCUGUCCCUGUUGCUACUUUCCUGCUCUUGGGGGACUCCCUAUUCUUGCUCUACUCAGCUUACAGAACCUUCCCAAGUACACAGUCCACUUCCACCACCACCCCUUCCCUCAGAAUCCCUGAGGAAAGGAUAGAGCCCAAUAAAAACAUAAA